AGUAAAACUUCAAGUCCCAUAAUGCACCACCAGCAGGCCAGUGCAGGCUGCUCAUUAUGACUUGAGUUGGGACACCUGCGGAUGAGGACUCUCAGCAAACGUCUCAGCAGAGAGAGAGAGGCAGGAGAGAGGAUUCAGCUCAUGGUACACCAAAGAAGCCACUGGUUUUCAACCUGAUGAACCAACCAGCAAACAAUGAACAAAUAAGGCAAAAUAAACAUUGAGCUGUGUUGAAAAGAGUUGUCCCGUGCGUCCUUUGGAGGUAAUGUACCAGGCCAUUGCAAGUUGGGCAGGAGUUGAAGGAAAAAAACCUAGGAACUUGACAGUUGAAAACCACGCGAAGCAGCCUGGACCUGAGGAUAAACGGCUUCAGACAUCCAGAGACAAGCUGUUGACGCAGAGGGAAUCAAAAUGGCAGAAGAUGCUCUGGGGAAGACGGUCAAGCAGCUCAAAAGAGAGAGGACCACUGCAAAAAGCAACUUCACCAGACAGGCCAACUUCAUUACCAGAGGGGUAAGCAGCAUGCUUGAAGCAGAGCUAAAGGGGGAGUUCACUAAACUCUCAGACUGAUUGAGACAACUGCUUGAUGCCAAUGAUGACUACAGGAUGGGACUGCUGGCUGAGAUUAAAAAGCCAGAGGAGGAGGAAGAAGAAGCAGUGCUUGAAAAGCAGCAAUAGGGCGACAUUGAGAGGACAGAAAAUGAAGCUGAAACAAAGUUUGAAGAAGUAAAAGAUACUGUCCGGACGAACCUGUGGUCAAGAUACGGCAAAAAUGAACUCAAAACUGCAAUCAUAGAAGCUGAAAAUGCCUGUGAUCAAGCAAAUAAUGUAGUUAUUGAAAGUACUAAUUUGGAGUGCUAUGAAGUGCACCUGACCCUCUUGGAGAAGUGGAUAAAGGAGCUCACCACAGUGAUGUCAGCUUGGGAGCGAUGGAUCCCUGCGUUAUUAAAGGAUGAGCUAGAUAACAGAAUCAAGGAUCUGAGAACAGCUAGCAACAGGCUUGAACAUAAAAGAGCUGAAUUCGUCACUGCACGGAGGAUUGCGGAACAAAUGCAAGCCACAGAAGUUUCAGGAGGUUGGAGGGGGAGGGCACUGCCCACACCAGCAACACCAAUCGUGAAGAUCAAGCCAACCACUCUGCCCAUCUUCAAUGGCUGCAAAAGGGAAUAUCACAGAUGGAGGAAAGACUGGGAGAGCCUACAAUGGCAAGGAGAGCCAACUGGAUCAGCUGAAGUCAAGAAAAUUCAGCUCCUGGACAGUGUGGAGGACAAGAUUUCAAAGGACCUCAGACUUUCAACAUACAACACUGCUGAAGAUAUAUUCAGAGUCAUGGAGAACAGGUAUGGCAACAAGUCAACUAUCGCCAUAGAAAUCCUUGAGGAGCUGGAGAAGAUACCACAUGUGAGGGGGAACCAGCCAAGGAGAGUCAUUGACCACAUACAGUCUGUGGAGAAGACCCUAGCAGAUCUCACAGAGCUGGGAAACUCUGGAGCCAUAAAGAACCCAUUGGUAAUUAAAUCUAUUGAGAGCAAGUUACCUGACUUUAUUAAAAGAGACUGGAUAAAGUUUAUGGUCAACCCUGCAAAUGAUGUCACUUCAGACAACCACUUUGACAUGCUCUUAAAAUUCCUAAAAAACCAGGAGGAAAUCCUUGAGGCUUGAACAGCUAAGGAUUGUGGAGAAGACGGAGAAAUCAGACCGUCCAGAAAAGAAAUAUGCUUCAACAAGAACCACAAAGAAAGGAGAGCUGGAAGAUGUGUGUGUGGUGUGUGUGGUGAUAGUGGACACAAUAACAAAAUUUUCUUCUGUAGGAAGUUCAAAGGGCUGAAGCUACCGGAAAAGAAAUCUGCCUUAAAAAAGCUAGUAGCGUGCAGAAAAUGUCUUGGAUGCCAC